AUGAUCAAUCAACUUGGGGACGAUCUCCUCUUAGAAGUUUUGAUUCGCCUCCCUAACCCUAGAUACGCCUGCCUGAGCAAAGCCGUCUGCAAGCGCUGGAGGUCUCUGAUCUCCAACCCUAGCUUCAAUCGCCGCUUCGUUUCUCACCACCAGAGCAUCAGCGAGCUGCGACCGCCUCUGCUUCUUCCCUCAGACGACCCGGAAUCCAUCAUCCAGAGCUUCGUCCCCGCGCCUCCUGGAGUGCGUCUGGUAGUUUUGGAUUCCUGCGGUGACUUGCUCUUGUGCGGCUUUCCUGGGGAUGCUCGUGAAGACGCCAUUAAAGUGUACAGAUCGUACAUUGUCUGCAAUCCGUUCACGAAGCAAUGGCUCCGGCUUCCUCUGCAGCCUCUGUGGCCGACUGGGAGCUCGAGAUUGGUUGCGAGGUUAGUUUGCGAACCCCGUGUUUCGAAUUGUCUAGAUCUUGGGGAUGGGCAGGUGUCUGUGUAUUCCGAGUGUCGAUUCCGGGUGGUGUGUAUGUACAACCAUCUGAAUACUCUGAAGAUGGACGUGUUCUGUUCCGAGCGUAGAGAAUGGAUGAAGGAGGCUGUCUCUGUUGAUGCCCAUCUCAGGUUCCAUUUGAGAAAUGCAGUGUGUUGCAAUGGGGAGUUGUUUUGGUGCUACCUUGACACCCAAGAGGAAGAAGAAGCUGGCUUGUAUAAUCCAAGGCUUGCUGUGUUCGAUCCUUUCCGGCUGGACGUGCCUCCCACUUGUAUCGAUGCCUCGCCUCUCUUUGCGAAUCCGUGGUGGGAUAUUUCCGUCUCGAAUGGUGCCUUGCACGUAUUUGUACUCGAGGAAGAACCCGAACCUGGUUGUUCGAGGGGGAUCGCCUCGAGCGUGUGGAGAUUGGAACGAGACCGGUGUUCUUGGAGGAAAGUAUGUGAAGGGGUGUUGAAGGCAUCAAGUUGCGACAUAUCAAGGUUUCGUAACUAUGACCUUGGUGUUAAUGAUGCUCCAUUCCUAGAUGCAUUGGAAAGCCCAGGGUUGCUCGAGACAUCGAGGUGUAACUAUGAACUCGAGAGCAUCCGUUAUUCUUUUCUGCAUCCAGAGAAGCCAGAGAUUGUCUUCUUUCAUCAUUUUCCUUGUGAAUCUGGGGAAGCCGCCGCUAUCUUGUCCUGCGAUUUGAGGAGGGGUGGCGAGCUAGAGUUUUACUCUGAACUAAGAGUGGAUGCUCCUCGUUGGGCGGUCUUCGUGUCGAAGGCCCCUUGCUGGCCUACUGUAAUUCCAAGGUACGAGGAAUUGCUCGAGUUGUAUUCGGAGGAGGAAUGUGAAGCUUUUGGGUUCGUUGAGAGCUGCAUCGAAAACUCCCUCAGUACUUGGACCAGUGACUCCCUCAAUAACGGCUACUUACCUCUGCUCAAUCUAAUUUUUGAUGAAAAUGAGUAA